UCAUAAUAACAGUUGGGGUUAUAACAAUUGUCUUAUGCCUAAUGUUCAGAAAGAAAAAUAAGCAGCAGCCAAAUGUUACGACUUCUCUUGGUAUGGCUGAUCCGACCAGCCAUAGAUUAGUAUCCUACCAUGAGAUUGUUCGUACCACUGAAAAUUUCAACAUGGACAACCUACUUGGAGUUGGAAGUUUUGGCAAAGUUUUCAUGGGCAAACUGGAUGAUGGUUUGGUGGUCGCGAUAAAAGUGCUCAACAUGCACUUUGAGCAGGCCGUGAGGAGCUUUGAUACUGAAUGUCAAGUGUUGCGGAUGGCUCGGCAUCGCAACUUGAUACAGAUACUGAAUACCUGUUCCAACUUGGAUUUCAGAGCUCUGCUGCUCCAGUACAUGCCCAAUGGUAGCUUGGAGGCACAAUUGCACUCUGGAAAUAGUGAACCACUAGGAUUCAUCAAGAGACUGGACAUUAUGCUUGGUGUGUCGGAGGCAAUGGAGUAUCUGCACCAUCAUCACGGUCAAGUUGUCCUACACUGUGACCUGAAGCCUAGCAAUGUGUUGUUUGAUGAGGACAUGACGGUGCACGUCGCUGACUUUGGCAUUGCGAAGUUACUUCUUGGCAAUGACAACUCCAUGAUCUCAGCAAGUAUGCCAGGGACAAUCGGGUACAUGGCCCCAGAGCUUGCAUACAUGGGGAAGGCUUCACGGAAGAGCGACGUGUUCGGCUUUGGGAUCAUGCUGCUCGAAGUCUUCACCGGGAAGAGGCCCAUGAAUCCCAUGUUUAUCGGGGAAUCCAGCCUCAGGCAGUGGGUUUCCCAAGCAUUUCCAGCAAGGCUCGUCGUUGUCGUUGAUGAGAAGCUGCUGCAGGGUGAAGAGAUAAGCAGCCAUGGCUUUCAUCAGCAAACCAAUAUUCCUCCAUCGGCAUCGCCUUCCACCGCCUCCAACACAAACUUUCUUGUAUCGGCAUUUGAGCUGGGCCUGGAGUGUUCGAGCGACUCACCUGACCAUAGGGCAAGCAUGGACGAAGUGGUCGUGAAGCUGAAGAACAUCAAGAAGGAUUGCUCUGCUUCCAGGGCAGCAAGGCUGGGGGUUCGGCAGCGUUGAUCAAUGCAUCGGGUUUUUUUCAUCCAUGGAAAAUAUGGUUGUGCUGCUAAAUAUUUCAGCAGCAUCUGAA